GUCCUUGGCGGGUAAUAUGAGUGACUUGAAGCCCAAGCUUGCCUUCUCAUUUCUUCAGCGGAAAAAGCAACUAGUUUAUAAUCCUAAAGUUACAUCUUUGGAUGCAAAUAAUGGCGAAGUUACUAUUGAAGAGAAAAAGGAAUUCAUCACAUCAAUUGAAGAUAAAAUAAUGCAUGUAUAUGUGUGUUGUUAAUUUAUCACUUUAGUUGUUCAACUGCAAAAAAGGAAGAGCAACUUGUCAUACCAUUAAAGCGUAGUAAAAGCAGCUUCCAGGAGCGGAUGAGAAAGAAUUUCUUACCAGCUGAGUCCUUAGACCCCCUUACGCUUCAGGCGUUGCAAGAAAUUAAAGAAGAAAGCCAAGCAUUUUCAAGUAAUUCACAAAAUGUUCAUGUAAAUUAUGAUCUUAAAAUACCUGCCAAUAGUUCUGAAACCACCGAGGAAACUGAGAAUGCAAACUAUGAUGCUAUCCCUAUUGAAAAGUUUGGUGUAGCUCUGUUGGCUGGAAUGGGUUUUGACCCAAAAUCUCUUGAUAGCUCUAAAAGAGAGGUUUUACUACCUCAGCGACCAAAGGGACUCGGGCUAGGCGCAGACCCAACUGCAGUUCAAGAUGCUAAACAAGAAUUACUGAAAUCUAAAAUAGAAAAACCAACAUGGGACCCCGGAGCGCGUUGUCAGAUCGUAUUAGGAAAAAACAAGGGUCUUUAUGGCACGUUAGAAGGACUAGAUGGAGACACUGGUCGUGUGAUUAUUAGAUUAAAAGUUUCGAAAGAAGCAGUCACGGUACUUCAACAUACUGUCCGUUUGGUUCCUAUCAAAGAAUAUGCUGCAUACUCAAAUUGUAUAAACCAAAAUCAAGUUGAUGAAUACAAAGCACGCGAAGCAGAACAGUUAUUACUUAAAUCUAAUCAUAAUUCCGACUCUGACCCGCCGGGAUCAAAAUCGACUAGAUAUGAACAAUCGACACAUAGUGACUCUAUUCGUAAAACAUCGAAUAUCUCUAAAGAGGAUAAACCACUAAAAUGUGAACCAAAUAGACCAUCUGGUAGUAUAUCUUGGUUAAGACCGAAAUUAAUUGUUCGAUGUUUAGAUCGAAAUUAUUGUGGUGGAAAAUAUAAUAAAGAAAAGUUAAUUAUUAUUUCUAUCGACGGUAGUCGAUGCAGCUGUAAAACAGAAUCUGGUCAGAUAAUCGAAGAUCUUCCUAUAAAGUAUUUACAAACAAUUAUACCGCAUGAAAUGAAUUCAGUUUUAAUGAUUGUAAACGGAGAAAGAAGUGGUCAGCUUGCACGAUUAAUUAGACGUGAUAGUCGUAACCAAUUAGUGGAUGUAAAAACUCGAUCUGGAAUCCCUUUGCAAUAUCAUUUCGAUUGUGUAUGUGCCAUACAUGAUCCAUUCGGGAAUUGAUAGAAAAAAAUAAUUUACGACAUUCUUGAAUAUUUGGAAUUUUUGUAAAUAGUAUUUUUUUUACUUAUUUACAUAAAAAAAAUAAAAAGAUCAUCUGAAAAAUUAGAAAUGUCUAUUCCUAAUUUUUUCUCAUUUUACAGUUUAGUUUUUCUAAAGCUACUGUUGAAUAAAAAAAACUUAAUUCUCAGAUCA